AUGGAUGACCAACGCAAUACUCUGUUGCCUUCCGCAAGAUUCGGUGACUCCUCCAGCCUGGAAUCCAAUUCCUAUUCACGCACCAUUCGCCCUGCAAACUCUCCACUCAAACACUCGCAACCCCAACAUUACCCACCCACAUCAAUCAACGCGAUUGUCUCCAACAUGUCACACCCAACAAUCCCACCACGCAAGAAUCCCAUGGACACUCAAUCCAGUUUGAUGUCCCCUCCAGAGCCUCUUCUGCACGACAGUUUCUCGCGACCCUCAACCAGCGAUUCCAACAUGGACAUCUCCUACGGAAAACCCGCUGCCGCCCAAUACGAUCCUCCUCUCUCUCCCCCAGUCUCUCCCGAAGACUCCACCGGUACUCUAGACUCCCCAUCGAAUGCCAACCGAGACCCUAUCCUCUUUCCUCAGGAGCAGGAGACUCAAGACGCUUCCUCCACCCACCCAUCGUUGUUCCCUACACAGCAGGUAGUUGAGGACCACAUUCGAAACCGAGACUCGAGCGUCUUUGCCCAAACCUCUCCCCCACGACGAGAAGAUUAUGAUCUGGUCCUACGAUGCCAAAUGAUGGGCAAGUUUGUACAAAACCCACAAAAGUAUCAAAUGCAAGCUUGGAUCCAAGCAAAGGCCGACCAGGAGGCUCGACGAGGUGGUCCUCGCGAUAUCAAUCAACUCCGACGAUAUACCCCAAUCGCCCCUGCUUCCAAUGGCUCUCGCAAGGCUGGAGGACGUGCCAAUGGCCCACGAACCAGCCCAAAUGGGGGAAUUGCAAAGCCCCGAGUACCCAAGGCUCCCAAGGGCGAUCGACAACAAACCCCGGACGUCGGAGGAAAGAGAGUUGCGAGAGAAGACAAGGACUUUGAGUCUCUUCCUGAUUUCUCACCACCCAUUGGCAAUUCCUUGGAUAAGCCAAAUGCCCUCAAGAUUGACUGGAAGGGUCAACCCAUUGAUCUCAAGAAUGAUCCUCAUGCCGAUAAGCUUCAUCCUCAUGAGCUUGCUUGCGCUGCCAACCUUCGCUUGGAUUGUGCUACCUAUCUUACCUCCAAACGUCGAAUCUUUAUCUCUCGAGUCAAUGCUUUGAAUAUCCCCAAGGAGUUCCGUAAGACGGAUGCACAACAAGCCUGUAAGAUUGAUGUCAAUAAGGCUAGCAAGCUUUGGUCUGCCUUUGAGAAGGUUGGAUGGCUCAAGCCCGAACUCUUUCAGCAAUAUGUCGGCAAGAAGCUGUUACCUGUUGAGGGUCAUUCUGGAAACGCAUAA